UCCAAGUCCAUAGCCCAGGCCCGGAGGCCGCUCUCGCUCGCGUGAAAGCUGAACCCGAAAUUCCCCAUCCUCGCCUAGGGUUCCCGCAACCGCAAUCUCUCUCCAUCCCCUCCCCGCCGCGCCGGCGAUGUCGUCGGAACCGCCGCCCGCGGGGUCUCCGGAGGCGCGCGCCUCGGCCUCCCCUCCGAAGGACGCUGUUGCCAGCGGGGCCGGCGCCGCUGCUGGGUUCCUGGAGACGAACACGCUCUGGGUAGGCAACCUGCCCUCGUAUGUGAGCGAGGGCGACUUGAUGGCGCUGUUCGCGCCGCACGGCGCGCUCGAUUGCGCCCUCGCCCGAGCCGGCUCCCGCAGCUACGCGUUCGUCCUCUUCCGCACCCCCGCCGAGGCUCGCGCAGCCGUCGAGGCCACCCGGGGCGAAAAGGUCAAGGGCGCCGCCAUGCGCACCGAGUUCGCGCGGCCGGCCAGAGCUGUUAGGAAUUUGUGGGUUGGUGGCAUUAGCCCGUCAGUUUCAAAGGAGGAGCUAGAGGAGGAGUUCCAAAAGUUUGGAAAAGUUGAAGGUGUUGCAUUCUCCCAAGAUCAGACUUCAGCGUACGUUGAUUUCGAGAAACUCGAAGAUGCAAUUUCUGCUCACAGAUCUUUGAAUGGAAGAACUUUAGGUGGCAAAGAAUUAUGUGUUGAUUUCCAGAGGUCCAAGGGAAGAGCGGAAUGGUCAGAAGCAAGCGGCUUCAAUGGUAGGGUAUCAGGACCACCAGCUGACAAGAGAGGCACUGGCCCUCCCAAGGGUUCUGCUGGAUCACGGAUGCGAGAUGCACAGCCUACCAAUGUUCUCUGGGUUGCUUUUCCAGCUUCAUAUAAAGUUAUUGAUGAGGAGAUGCUUAGGCAGGCUAUGUCAGCAUUUGGUGUCGUUACAAAGAUAAAAAUUUUCCAGACAAGGCAGUAUGCUUUUGUUGAGUUUUCAAGUGUUGUGGAAGCUUACAAUGCUAAGACGAAUCUAGAUGGUCAUCUGUUCAAUGAUCCCAGGAUUCAGAUUCUUUUCUCGAACAGUGAGCUCGCACCAAAUAAAUUGGAUAAUCCAACAUCGCUUUCUGGAUUUCCUAGAUCAGAAAUGUAUUCCAGUGAUGGACGUCAUGGUCUUGGCAGUGGUACUUUGCAAGGGUACGAUCCUCCAAGAGGAGGAAGAUCAAGACAUUUUGAUUAUGGUGGUUUACCUACUCCAGGUGGAAUCCUUCCACCACCUGAAUCAUUUGAUCCAAGAGAAGCAAAACGAAUGAGGCUCGAUGCUGGUGCUGACCCUUAUGAAGUAAGGGCAGGCAGCACAAGUCUUUAUUCUGCUGGGAUCCGCCAUCGGGACAGCUCCGUGCAUGCUGAGGGGAGUUCAAGUCCUGCUAUUCGAGUCCGAGGCACAGUGCAUCGAACGUCAUACCUUGAGCAUUUCUGGCGAGGCAGUAUUUCCAAAGGUGGAUCUCCUGUUUGCCAUGCUCGUUGUUUGCCUAUAACAAAGGGCAGUGACAUACCUCUACCUGAUGUCAUUAAUUGUUCAGCUAGGACGGGACUGGAUAUGCUGGCAAAGCACUAUGCGGAUGCUACUGGAUUUGAUGUUGUCUUUUUCUUACCAGAUAGCGAAGAUGACUUUGUUUCUUAUACUGAGUUCUUGCGCUACCUGGGCUCGAAAAGCCGGGCAGGGGUUGUAAAGGUUGAUGCAGGGACUACUUUAUUUUUGGUACCACCAUCAGAUUUCUUGACAAAUGUGUUACAAGUUGACGGUCCAGAGCGCCUUUAUGGUGUAGUAUUGCAUAUUCCACAAAUGUCUGCUGCUGCUGCACUAAGGCCACAAUUGACUGGGCCAGAACUACAACCUUACUAUGAUGAAAGGGAAGCUCUGCCUACUUCACAAAGAAAGUAUAGUAUCAUUUCUCCCAGUGACAAUGGCUAUUCUGAUGCUGAUUAUCGGGGAUCUUUGCGUGAGGAGUCAAUGCAUCAUUUGGGGCAACUAUCUGGAAGGCCUCGGGUGGAUGAAGGCCAAGCAGUCCAGCCAGCUCUUGCAGGCUUUCCUACAAACCAAACAGCUGCAGCGCAAGUUCAACCUUCAGUCAAGCCUGAUAUUAUGGCUACUUUAGCAAAGCUUAUGCCAAGUGUGCAAUCUUCACCUCUGGUAAGUGGUCAGAUACCUGUGAAUUCCACAGACAGACCAUCGCAGAUGCAUGGUCUGUCAAUGCUUUCUAAAGUAUGGAAUCCUGAAAAUCAAUCUACAACUUCAAAUUUAUCCUUUGGGCAGAUUGCUAAUCUUCAGCAGCCAGGACAGCAGUUCAGCAGGCAAGUUUCAGCUGCUCAUUUGACAAACUAUGGGAGCAUGGUGGGUGCUCAGGAGCACUCAACGCAGCAUACUGCUUACAACCCUGAAGUUGCUUUGAACCUACCACCACCUCCUCCAAUUCCUACACCAACACACAGUUCUACUACUACCUUACCAUCUCAAGGUGGACACAGUUUGCCUACACAGACGAACCAACAGCUGCCAGAGCAGUAUUAUGUUCCCCAAAGCAACUAUGUUCCAUUAGCUAUGGGUAGCCAUUCUAACAUUCAAGCCAGCAAUGCUAACAACCCUGCCCCUCCCCUUCCGCAAGUUUACCCUGGACCUCCAGCAAAUAAUCAGAUGGGAAAUUUGCCCCAGCUCCAGCCAUCAUCUCAUGGACAACAACAGCAUUUUGCUCCUGGUACUGCACAAGCUCCGGACGAGGCAGAUAAAAGCAAGAAGUACCAGGCGACCCUCCAGUUAGCUCAAAACCUACUACUUCAGAUACAGCAGCGUCAAUCAGGAAAUCAGCCCUGAGACCUAAUUGUUGCUUCAGGUACCCUCGAAUCCCACCUCGGAUUGUCUCGAACAAACAGGAAAACAAAUACCAACUCGGCGGUUUCGUCUCCUCUUCUCCAGCGCGCACAACGGAAGCGGGCCAUGAUGUCAGUGGCUACUCGUUACCUUCCCGAUACGGAUGUACCUACCUACCGGACGGUGACCGAAUAAGCGCAGUUAUCCCCAGUUCUGCCUUUUCUUUAAAGAAGACAGGCUUCACCAGAAACAAUUUGUUUUUCUCCUUUUCUAUUUUUAUGCACUAUUUUGACAAGUAGAGGUUUCAGCCUGGACUUUCUAGCCUUAUGUUUGCAUGGCCUCUUGUUGGGCUGGCCUGGUGUUAUUUUGUAUGCUUAUCUCAGAUCAUAUGUUUUUAUCAUUAUAUGCGUGUACUCUUUUGGCCUGGUGUUC